UCUUUUAUUCUCCUACCCUACCCUACCUUUACUCUCCUCACUUUCUCUCACUAGAUGGCCAAAAUCAGACCAGUCAAACGCAACUUAGACUCCUACACCAUCAGUGACACCAACACAGUCGUCAAACCUGGAGAUAAUGUACUGUUGCGAUCACCCGAGAGCAAUACUACUCCUUAUGUGGCUAAGAUAAAGAAGAUCCAGAUAGACAAUGGAAAUGACGUGACAGUUCAGGUAAGGUGGUAUUACCGGCCGGGUGAUUCCAUCGGAGGUCGUAAACAAUUCCAUGGUGAGAAAGAACUGUUCUUGUCUGACCACUAUGACAUUCAGAGUGCGUACACGAUUCAAGGUAAGUGUAUGGUUCAUUCUUUGAAGAAUUACACCCAGCUAGAGAACGCUGGAGCUGAGGAUUACUAUUGUCGUUUUGAAUACAAAGCUGCAAACGGUCUUGUUUUACCUAGCCGCGUUGUAGUGUAUUGUAAAUGCAAAUUGCCCGAAAACCCCGACCUUCUGAUGGUGCAGUGUGAGGAAUGCAAAAACUGGUAA